AUGGUCGCCUCAUCCUCGACUUUUUGUGCAAAGAGUCUGGAGACGAAGUUCUUGACCCUGUGUCUGGAGCUCUUCAAUACUCCGGACUUCUCAAACGGUGUCAACUUCGCCUUGUGCAGCGCCGACUCUCGCGUGGGAAGAAACAACAUCAAUGCAGUUGCCUACACGCUGGGGAACGAAAUUGCCGAAUUCAGUCGGUUCCAAAACGUCUCUAUUCGCCGCGGCUCUCUUGGCACAGAAGAGGAAGCUGCAGAAGCCUACGACAUCGCCGCGAUCAAAUUCGGAGGCCUAAACGCGGUUACCAACUUCGAAAUAAACCGUUACGACGUGAAGAGCAUACUCGAGAGCACGACCCUCCCCAUCGGCGCCGCCAAACGCCUCAGACGCCAAGAAGAGAUGGUUCUCAACCUGCGGUGGGCAAACGAAUCGAGCUUGAACCUGGCAACCUACGCGAAGCCCAAUGGGGGCCACAUGUCGUGGCCCAACAUCGCCUUCCAGCAGGCCCAGCCGCUGGUGGGCGCCGCGUAUCCCUACAACCACCAGCAUCUCUGGUGCAAGCCGGAGCUCGACAGCGAGAUCAACCAUGGCCUGCACAACUUCCUGCAGCCGAGCUCCGUCCUCCACAACAUCAUGACCGUUGAUUCAUCGAACAUGGAGCACGGCUACGGAUCAACGGCCGUGAUGAGCGGGACGACGAUCACGGUGAUCAUAAGUGUUAGUUAUUGGCUGUGACAAAUAGCAUGCAACAGGGGUAUCUAAGCAAAUACAGAAAGCUGAAGGUUUGAAGUGCAAAAAGGGUUUAAAACUGUUGUAACAGAAUUUUCUGUGCAGCGGCGCAUCCUCAACCAUUGGAUCAUAUUUCAUUUCGUUCGAUGGUCAAGAUCAAGUGCAGCUGUUAGAUUAGGUAUAUAUCUUCAUUCUUGUUCAGAUUAGAAGUUAAGCUUAGAGUAAAAUCAAGUGAAAGAAGAAGAGUUAAGUGAAAGAAGAAGAGUUUUGUAUGAGAGUUAGAGUGAGUUUUCUCUGUGAUUGAGAGCUUGUUUGCAGCUGGUAUUGCUGUGAUUUCUUGUACUUGUAGUUCUCGUUUCUUCACUUAAUAAAGACGCCAAGAGUUCACCCUCCCGUGGAUGUAGGAUCGAAGAUCCGAACCACGUUAAAUCAUCGAGUGCUUUACUGUUUUGUUUGAGUUGUUGUUCGUUUUGUUUGUGGAUUGAAUUUGUGAGUUCAAAUCACAAAUUGGCGCC